AUGAGUCUAGAUGAGAACUUUCUGCUGGGGAACUCUUCGGGAGACUCACUGCUACGCUCUUUAGUAAAUCAAGCCAACAGAUCCAGGCAUUCGUGUGUGGAAGAAAAGACAGUGCAAAACAGAUCAUCAUAUCAGCAAAUUAAAAAUUCAUACAUGUUACCUCGUCCAUUUCGUUACUCGACGCGUUCUAAGAAUAGAAUCUAUGUUGAGACUUUUGGUGUUGCCACUGGUACUAACACUGAUGAUGAGGAGUGUGAUUCAUGUCUGAUACACCCGAAGUUCCGCAAAAAGUUGAGUUCGAAACAACCUUCUCCAGUUAGCGGAAUGAACUCCUCUGGUUCAGAUUCAGCGGCGGAAAAUACGAGAUCUUCGAACUCAAAAACAAAUAAUUCUAAAAAUGUGGGUAAAAAGGAAAUUGUUCAACCUGACAUGUACGAAAAUGUGAAACAGCGAAGUCAAAUUAAAAGACAAGCUGUUAUUGCAGCUGAAACAAGAAAACGAAGUAUUGAUAGUUAUAGCGCAGUCCGUAAAAAACAGAGUAAAAAGGAUGGUUCAGAUGAAUAUGAUGACCAAACAAAUGGUGCUGCGGAGGAGGAGAAUGAUCCAGAAAAUGUCUCAAGACAUUAUGCUUUACGAACACAUAUCAAUCCUGUAAUUCGUUUUUCUAUUGACCAACGUCCUCAGUCAACGCGUUCCGACUUUCAACGACAUUUGAGUAAUAAAUUGAAGAAACACAGACUACAGAGAGAAAUUAUUCGAAAACGUAUGUGUGAUAGUGAGUCAGAUUCUUCAUCUGUGUCUACGAGUUUUGAACUGGCAGAUCAAGACAAUCAUUCUGGAUAUCGUAGCUUACAAAAAAGGAAUAAAACGAAGCCUUACUUACGUUCACUGAAUAGUGAAGAUCUAUUGUACAUGGUGCGGGAAAAAAUCCGGAAAAAAUCUGAAUCCAGUAAUAUAAAGGGAUCAGAUACCGACUCUUUGCACAUCGAUCGCAGCAUAGAUUUUAGUAAAAUUGGUGGUCUUAAUCAUCAUAUACAAUCGCUUAAGGAAGUAGUACUUUUGCCUUUGUUGUAUGGUGAAGUUUUCUCUCAGUUCGGAAUUCAACCCCCAAAAGGAGUCAUUUUUUAUGGACCGCCUGGCACAGGGAAAACAUUAGUAGCUCGUGCAUUGGCAAACUUAUGUGCAGGAGGUACUAAAAAAAUAUCGUUCUUUAUGCGCAAAGGAGCUGAUAUUUUAAGUAAGUGGGUUGGCGAGUCUGAGCGUCAGCUAAGGUCUCUUUUUGAACAAGCCUUCGUAAUGCGUCCUUCCAUAAUAUUCUUUGAUGAAAUUGACGGUCUAGCUCCAGUUCGAAGUUCUAAGCAGGAUCAAGUUCACAGUUCUGUCGUUUCAACUUUACUUGCUCUUAUGGAUGGUUUGGAUAGUCAGUGCGAAGUAGUUGUUAUUGGAGCAACUAAUAGAUUGGAUGCGAUUGAUCCUGCUUUAAGACGUCCAGGCCGAUUUGACCGAGAAUUAUGUUUCAGGCUGCCUACUAAAAAUUCUAGACAAGAAAUUUUAAAAAUUCAUACUUCAUCGUGGGGUGUUAAUAAACCGAACGACGAUCUCUUAAGUUGGUUAUCGGAUCGCACAUCUGGAUAUUGCGGAGCUGAUUUGAAGUCGCUUUGCACGGAAGCAGUACUGAUUUCAUUUCGAUCUCAAUUUCCUCAAGUCUAUGUUUCCGAAGAGAAAGUUGUCGUCGAUUCUAAUGCACUAAAAGUCGGUAAGAAUGAGUUUGAAAUUGCUAUGCGGCGUAUUGUGCCAGCUGCUCGAAGAGAUAUUACAAUACCGUCACGUGUUCUCGAUGAUCGACUUAGAAUAUUGUUAGAGGAUCUAAUUUUAUCGAUAUGUCAUCGCGUGCCCAAAGGUUAUCGUGGUGUAAUUGAAGCCAAUGAUAAUGUGGGACAGAUCGAACAAGUAUUGAGUACAUUGCAUGCAAAUCCCGUCGUCCCGCCGGCUCGUCUACUGAUCUACGGUUCCUCCAGUGAUAUGGGUCAAACAUCAUAUAUUUUACCAGCUUUAAUUAAUAUUAUGGACCACUUGUCCGUUUUCUCUCUUUCUAUGAACAAUAUUUUCUCCUACGGGUCGCCAGAGGAAUGCUUUUCUCAGUGCUUGCAGUCAGCUAUUAGGGCUUCAUCACGGGGAACACCGUGUUUAUUGUUAAUUCCAUCUAUUGAUAAGUGGUAUACAUCAGUGUCUCAAACAGUCUGGAACUUGUUGCUAACUGCAGUCAGUUCAUACACGUAUUUCACUUCCAUUUUCCUUCUUGCAACGGCAGAAUGUACUUAUCUGAAUUUGCCUUCAGAGGUGCAACUCAUUUUCCAUUGGCGAGAUUCAUUAGAAAUAAUGCCACCACCAGUUCAUCGACUUGAAGCUUAUUUUCGACAUGUUAUCAUUGAGCAGUCUUGCACAAGACCCAUAAACUUUAACUUAGAUCAUUAUCCCGUCCUUCCAAUAGCUGAACCUAUGCAGUCGUCACUUCGAUUGAAUGCUGAUGAAAUUAUGGAAUUAAAGAACUUAUAUGAUGAUUAUACUUUAACAGUCGUUCUGCAUUACGAAGAAACUAUUGUUAGUUUAAUGCGAGAUAGUCGAUUCAAAGUUUUCACAAAACCGGUAGACCCUGUUGAUGUACCAGACUAUUAUACAUAUAUUAAAAAUCCAAUGGAUCUUCAAACCAUGUUUUCAAAAGUAUCAGCUUAUAAAACUCAGGAGGAAGUGAUCGACGACUUACGUCUAAUUUAUCAGAAUGCUAUAGAAUAUAAUCCAAUUACUGAUUACAGAGGACGGCAAAUACGAAUCAUGGCGAAACUCUUGCUAGAUAAGGGCACACGAUUAAUUUUGGAUCUUGACUCUGAAUAUGUAAAAAGAUUAGAGAAUGUAAAAAAAUUACUGCGCGAAAAUGGUGUGAAGUUAGAUGAUCUUUGUAAUCUAGAUGGCGUUAAACAAGCAGUAAUUUCUGAUUCGUGUGAUUUGGAAGGAGAAGUCAUCAGUGAUUCAUCAGAAAAAAAAUUGACAGGAAAUCGUGAUUCUCGUACUACUGAAGCACAUCCAGUGUUACAAAUCAAUUUAACUAAACUUGAAGAACUAGUCCGAAUGGCUGUUAUGAAAACUCGGAAUUGGCCGCUAGUACAUUUGGAGCAGUUGGCCACAGCACUGACUGAGAGUAUUAACUCGUUCCUUGGCAAGUGGGAUCGUAGAGAACUGCCAAAGGCGAUUGAGAAGCUGAUUCUGUCGUGGGGCGUCUCUGGUUAA